AUGACGAAAUAUAUUUCAGUCAACAAGUACAUGACAGAAGUCAAAGAAGAACUAGACCCAUUCAUAUAUUUGAAUGUUUACUUCUACCAUUUUGAAAAGUCUACAUUUGACAAAGUUUGGAACAUCGAACCCGUUAAGUUUGCUAUUGUGACUAAAAAUGGUGCGAAAUUUGAAGACUUAGACAUAGAAGGUUUGUUAACAGUCAAGGAAAAUUUUGACAGAAGGUUUUCAAACCUUAAAGAAGGCAAAGCAUACAAACUUGUUAUACCUUAUGAACCAAAGAAAGCAGACGACUAUGA